AGAGCCACACAGACAACCACCAAGUCACUCGUAGAAUGGCGGCCGCAGCUUGCGGUCCUUACGCUGGCGCCGGAUGCAACACAACGAAGCCAGCACACAAAGAAGUGCGGAAAAGUAAGGAUUCGCGCCGGAGACAAGCCGCCCUCUUAUUUCUGAACAACAUAUCUUUAGACGGACGCCCAGUGUGUGCUCUUAGCAAUGGAGCAGCCAGCCUCAGAGAGACCGGGCACCAGAGUGCUGAGGCCGGCGUACCGGCGGCGGCUCCCCCGCUGUCUGCGCUGUCUACAGCGGCCAGCUAUGGAGCCUUCAGCAAGCUGUCAGCUCCUGUCAGCGGGGGCACUAACGCUGCCCCUCUACCAAGGACUAGCACCUACCCCUCGGCCCUGCUCCCCACCACAUUGGCCGGGUUCAGUCAGGGGAGCAGCGACGUAUUUUCGGAGGGGAGUACCGUUAAGGUGGAUCCUUUGUCGUCUCAGGGAUUCCCCUUUUCUCCGACCUCCGGGCCACAGAAUCCCAGUUUAGUCUCCUGUAAAUCAUCGGUCGUGUGCUCCAGUUAUAACUCCGCUCCUCUGGACCUCCGUCAGCGAACACGUAAUCAGUCUGGGUCUCCAGGGCCGCGGGCCAAGAAGGUGCACUUCAUCAAGAACAUGAGGCAGUAUGACACUCGAGGCAGCAGGAUUGUUCUCAUCUGUGCUAAGCGGUCUCUGUGUACUGCUUUCUCUGUACUGCCCUACGGAGAGAGCUUUCACAUCAGUGACUCAAAACUCGAAGCUCAGAGACAGAGGCACCCAUCAGGAGGAGUGGCUGAUAUGGCUCCUGUGCUGGAGGGUGUGGAACUGGGGGCUUUUGGAAAGACAGUAUCAUAUGCCCAGUUCCUCCUCCCUACCAACGCCCUGGUCAGACAGAAAAGCAAUGCACCCUUGGAUACAAACGUGCAAACGCCAAUGCCUCGGAACUGGAUCAACGGGCAGAAGAAUUUCACCCCGUCCCGUCUGAGCAGUGCCAUUGGACAAGAGACUGGUGUGGACGAGAUAUCAGAUUAUGACCCUAAUUUACUGAGCGACCCACAGUGGCCUUGUGGAAAGCACAAGAGGGUCUUAAUCUUUGCCUCAUAUGUGACAACUGUCAUCGAGUACGUCAAACCAUCUGACCUAAAGAAGGACAUGAAUGAGACAUUCAAAGAAAAGUUUCCUCAUAUAAAGUUGACCCUGAGCAAGAUUAGAAGUUUGAAGCGAGAGAUGCGCGCCGUGAGCGAGGAGUGUGGUCUACAGCCUGUUACCAUAGCAAUGGCCUAUGUGUACUUUGAGAAGCUGGUCCUGCAGGGUCGACUGAACAAGCACAACAGGAAGCUUGUGUCCGCUGUCUGUGUGCUGCUGGCUGCCAAGAUCAGCAGUGACCUUAAGAAGCAGGAGGUCAAACUGCUGAUAGAUAAGCUGGAGGAGCGUUUUCGAAUAAGUCGGCGGGAGCUGAUUCCUUUGGAGUUUCCUGUUCUGGUUGCCUUGGAGAUGGCACUCUACCUCCCAGACAGCAAGGUCAUGCCGCACUAUCGCAGGCUGGUGCAGCAGGUCUAGGACCAAAGAAAGGCCCUCCAGGGCUUCUCCUGAAUGCAAAAGAGCUGCAGUUUGUCAUGUGUGUUUGAGGGCUCUGUAGACCUGAGGCUUUCAGCUGUGUCCAGCAGUCUUUCAGUCAUGAGUCCAAAAGCACAGUCUUCCAUGUUACUUCAACCCUCAUAACUGACUAAGGGAGUUUUGUUUGGUGUGCUGGUUAGUGUGGAGGCUGAUCUACUGUGGUAAAUCACAAUUCUUUAUUUACAAAUAGUACAGUUUAUCUAACUUAUCAAAUUUGUAUUUUUAUUGUUUUUAUUGAGUUUUACUCCUGACUUGUUAAAGCAAUUUUUUAUUUUUCCUGACGUGCCAUGUUAUUUAUCACUAUUACUGUAUAUUUAUAUCGUACAAAUUCUUGCUGCAGGCAUUGUGUGUGAAGACUGACUCUAUGUUUUUCCGUAACUGGAGAUGGCAUAACUCUUGUUCCUUGCUGUGAGGUAUCCAUGGCAUUCUGAAAGCUGUCAAACACAGCACUCUAUGUUAGAGAUGACAUUUAUCAGGCACGUUAUUUGUGCCAUUAUGUUCUCAUUUCCAUGCACACUCCAGUUGUCUUUUUUUUUUUUAUUUCGACUGACUAUAGAUUGUGAUUGUACAGUGAAAUGUUAUGAGGAGCCAAACCAGUUUAUGUAAUUUUGUAAUAUUUUAUACACUCUUAAAAUUAAAGGUGCCAAAAGAGGUUCUUUUGCAUGAUGCCACAGAAUUUUUGAUUCCAUAAAUAACCUUUCUGUGGACGGUUCUUCUGAAAACUCAACUGAAAAGAUCUUUACAGAACUGAAAGAGGCAUUGCUCAGAAAAACCCUUUUGGCACCUUUUUAAAAGUGCAGUUUUACCAAUUUUUCCAUCAUUUCUGUAUAAUUCAGUCGGUUUAUCAUCAUUAUUCAGAGUGGUUUAAUGUGAAAUGGUUCAUUAUAGAUAGUAACUCAGUUGACCUAGAGGUUGUGACGUCUUCAGCACACAUUGCUGUUUUACUUGCUGUACAAAAGGACCAGUGAACCUACUCAUUUUCUGAGGUUGUAUAUGUAAUGUUAAAAUAGUGGAAAAAUAGCUGUAAACCUUAAACACUGUUUUCUUGGGAUAAUAUUUUGCCUUAAAACACCCGGUGUGCACCUUAGCAGAAACAUGUAAACUUUGCCUCAAAACUGUAAAAUAUGGUCUCUGGCAUCAGGCAACAUAUUUGUAUCUGUUUCAUGUUAUAACUUCCUGUGUCAAGCUUUUAGAGGCAUUAAAUUCUGCCGAAAUCUGUUUCCAAGCAUUAUCACUGUGAACAAUUCUGACUCAAGAAACUGAGCAAGUUUCUUUAGAACAGUUUCACAUCAAACCACUCUGGUAACAUCAUAACUAUUUCAUUAUACAGACACUGAAAUAUCAGUGAAAUUGCCCUUUUAAAGAGUAAUGAGUGCCAAUUCAGUUGGGUUAGCAAUGGCAACUAUUUGGUUGUGCUGAGAUGGUUGAUGCGUUUUAUUUUAUAUGACUAUUGCUCAAAGGCAUCUUAUUUGGAAUGAAAGCUUUCAGUAUUUUUUCUCCAUAGCUGUUAGAAUUGCAUGAAAUAUUUUGUGGACGAUGCUGUGUCCUGUAUUUAUGUAUGCACCACUGAGUAAUAGGGGCCGAGUGGUUAGUCCAAACACUGGAUGGCAAAAAAUAGGUUUAUAUUUGCUGUACUGUGGUUUGUUCAGAAAGGGAACUUCCCUUUGGUCAACUGGUCUCUGUUGUAUUGUGCUGUGCAGAGUGGAGCGCUACAUGUGGCUGUCUACUGUACUGUAAGCUGUGCACUGGCUUGCUUGUUAGUGUCUGGCUUGCUUGUUAGCUGAUUGGACCUUCAGAUAGCCUGAUCUUGUUCUUGGCUUAGAAGGUAAUUCCACUGACAUUUUCAAAGGUUCUUCACUAUUCAGUCUUUGAGAUGUAAACAAAUUCAUACAAAGCGAUUUGAUGUGAGACGGUAAAUUGUAGAGUAACAUACUGAUUCAGAUUUCUUUAUAGUGGUGAUAUUAGGAACCAUGAGUCAUGAUGUUAAUUGUGAAAAUAUAGCCAUUUAUUUGCUAUCCAAAAGAGCUAGUGAACCUUCAGGGUUUUUAAUAUGUAACAUUUUUAAUAUGCAUCUCUCGAUUUUAAUGUUUUAGCCAAAACUUUCAUGUCAAAACUGUGAUAAAACAUGCAUCAGGCAAUGUUUUCAUAAUCGUUUCAUUUAAAAACAUUCUUUGAGAGGCUUUAGAGGCAUUACACAUUAGAAGUCUGGUUCCUAUCACCACCACUGUGAACAAUUCUGUAAAGUUUUUAGAACAGCACAUUUCACAUCAAACCACUCAGACAGACAUUCUAAUUAAUCAUCCAUAAAUUUUGCAAUAGAGGUGGAAUUCCACUUUAUCAGCAUCCAGGUAGCUCAGUGUGUAGCACAGCCCUGUGGAUGACUGGUAUAAUUUUCUUUUUAUAUGCAUUUAGCAAUGAACCAAGGUUCUUCAGAGAAUAUGAACUUGCAUAAAUUUACAUUGUCUAUUAUUAUUUUAAGGUACGCAGCCACCCUCUAGUGGUGAAGACAGCAUGAACUGACUGCGAUGUCCUCUUUUCCCCCCCUCAGGGAGCGUGACUGAUGUUGUGAGCACUCUUUGUGAAAGUUUGUGUGCUCUUCCAGCUGAAAGAAACUCCAUUUGUAGUAGAGUUGUUUAGAAAUAGCUAUUUAUUUUCAAUAUAAAUCCUCAAAGUAUACACUGUGAGUACUGCAGCAUAAAGUGCCUUGUUUAUUACAUUGUUAAGUUUGCUGCCAUGCCAUGAGUCUUUAUGUCAGUGUAUACAGGCUCUGCCCAUCAUCACCAAACCAGCUUUGGAAAUGAUCAUUUUCCAGAACUUCUUGGACAGUUCCAUCAUACUUCACAACUGCUGGCUUUUACAUGGCAAGCUAGGGUGGGUCUGAGAUUGUAAGACGCAGGACAAUGAGAAAUCACUGAACUACUCUUCUUGUGAACAUAUCUCUAUUUUGUGAAUGAAGGCUUCUUCAUUUGGUACAACUUGAAGUGGUAGUUUAGUCUCUUUACAAUGACACAAUGUAAUGUUUUGUGCUGUAUGGAUGUGAAGUCUUGUAAUUUUUCCGUAAAAAAAAAUUCUUUAAAAAUAUAUUUUUUAACUGUUGAACGGUGAGAACUCAUUAUUGUUAUUCCUCCUGCUAUAAUUCAUGUUCUCGUUGUGUAUAUAUACACAUACAGCAGCCAUAAGAUCAUAACCACCUCCUGUUAUCUACACUCCAGUUUAUCAGCUCCACUUACAAUCUAGGUGCACUUUGUCAUUCUACAAUUACAGGCUGUAGUCAGUUUAUAUCUCUGCAUACUUUAUUAGCCUGCUUUACCCUGUUCUUCAAUGGUCAGGACCGCCACAAAGCAGGUAUUAUUCGGGUGGUGGAUAAUUCUAGGCACUGCAGUGACACUGGCGCGAUGCUGGUAGAUAUAAAGUCAGAGACAGUAGCUCAUCUGUAGCUGCACAGUUUGUGUUGGUCAUCAUCUAGUCCAGGGGUGUCCAGUCUUAUCCGCAAAGGGCUGGUGUGGCCGCAAGUUUUCCUUCCAAAUGACCUGAUUCCCAUUGUUUAGUCAGUUGCUCAGACGUCAAACAACUAAUCAUGUGCAGUCCUGCAAUUGAUUUGCUUUGCUGGAAUGAAAACCUGCAGCCACACCGUCCCUUUGCGGAUAAGAUUGGGCACCCCUGCUGUAGCCUUCAUCACUGGUCACAGGAUGCUGCCCACAGGAUACUGUUGGCUGGUUGUUUUUAGUUGGUGGAUGAUUCUUAGUCCAAUGUUAGCACUGAGCUGGUUAAAAACUUCAGCACCACCAGUGUCACUGCAUUGCUGAGAAUGGUCCACGACCCAAAUAAUACUUGCUCUGUGGAGGUCCUGUCAGGGUCCUGACCACUAAACAGAGUGAAAGAGGUACAAAGUAUGUAGAAAAACAGAUGGACUACAAACUGCAUCUAUACGGCAAGUGGAGCUGAUAACAUGGACAAAGAGUGUAGAAACGAGGUUUAAUGUUAUGGCUGAUCUGCAUAUAUUGAGCACAACAGCACCGAAUCUGGCUCAGCCAAUCAGAUUUUAGAGCUAGAACUUUGUUUUAUACCAAGCAGUCCAAAUUAUACAAGACACGUGCUCAAGAGGUAUGAAGAUACACUAUAAAACAACUGGUGUUAUUUUCUCAAAUAAAAACCUUAAAAGAAAAGGAA